AUGGGAUGCCAUAUACAAACAGGCAGACAAGUGUAGUUAAAUGACCAUAAUCCUUCCUUCGAAUAAUAAUUAUUAGAGAUUGAUAAAAUGGAAUUCUUCAAGAAUAGGAGUGGUUUCAAAAUAGUUCUUCAACCUAUACUAUUUACUUUUUCUUAAGAAAAAGGAGAAACUCAUUCUUAAGAUGAAAAUGAUUGA